AUGUCAUUUUCCAUGCUAGGACGUGGUGGUUCUUCCGGAGGGAAGUUUCGUAUCUCCCUGGGUCUGCCAGUAGGCGCAGUAAUAAACUGUGCUGACAACACAGGAGCCAAGAAUCUGUAUAUCAUUGCAGUUAAGGGAAUCAAGGGCCGUCUCAACAGACUACCUGCAGCAGGAUCUGGUGAUAUGGUUCUGGCAACAGUGAAGAAAGGAAAACCAGAGCUUAGGAAAAAGGGUGAGUUGUGCAGUGUAGUACAAUAACAGGAUCUUUAUUUGCCAUGGGAGAUGGGAGAUAUUUCAGGCUUCUGUGGAAAAUUCUUUGGCUAUGUUUUGAUGUACUACUGCAUAGUAGGAAAGGCUCAGAGUUAAGAGUAAUUAUGCGCAGGAAAAACCACGAUGCUACUGUUUAGGGUGUGAUUUUGCAUUGCAUUGUUAGUAAACAAAUGUUUUUCUAAUAAAUGUUGGCUAAGUUGUCACUAACAUAAUUGUACAGUUAUCUAUUGUCUGUUUUGUUUGCUUGUUGAAAGAACUGGAGGUCAAUGUCAGUAUCUGAGCAACUUCACACCUACCCCUCCCCUAACCCAACAUUAACCCUAACUUGUUAUCACUUGACCCUAUUAGGGGAGGGGUAGGUGCAAGGUUUCUCAGAUACAACAAUUAUCCAAACUUUCCAUCAUUUGACUCAACCCUUUAAACCCUAAGAGUGACUAGCAUCCAAUUUCUCCCUACAGUAUUACUCCUGAAUCACACACUAAGGUCAUAAAAAUAAGGGAAAUGGUCAUCAGGGAAGGAACCUUUUGAUUGGCAAACAAAUUCUCCUUUUCAGCACCUUAAGAAAUGUAUAGAGAACAGUGUGGAGAACCUGUAUACUGAUGUUUAGGGUUUAAAGGGUUCAGACAUUAACCAUGUUCUUCCAAGUCUCUGCUUGUCUUUUAGUAAAUAUUUUCUAAUCUUUUAUUUUUUAGUAAUGCCUGCAGUAGUUAUCAGACAACGGAAGGCAUUUAGAAGGAAGAAUGGGCUGUUCAUUUACUUUGAAGGUAUGCUUCAUGACUCAAGCGACUGAAUUAAAUAACAUUAUAACAUAGCUAGUAAAUUUGUCUAAUCAAAUUCAAUUGCGUGAGCAUGCUUCAUAUUCCUAAUGUGCACGCUCAUGACGUCAGCAAACAAAUCCGUUGAGAAAAAAAAAUUGAAAAUGUUAUAAAACAAUUGGUUCAUAUGUCAGCUGUGCGUUCAUCGAGAUAUGAAGCACUUGGGAAGUUUGGAGAGCACUCAAGAAGCUAGAGUUGCUCUCGGCUAUGCUUCGAGCAACCCUUACGCAUCUUUCAUGCUCUCCAAACUUCCUGCAUGCUUCAUACAGGGUGUGAAAUUAAUUUUUUUUUCUGAUAGCCUCUUGGCUCCUAAAUUCUUCAAAGUGGUAGCCAAUUCAAAAGAAGUUGGUCGCCAUUUUCAAAGACAAAGAAACCCUUUUUUUUUUUACACUGUCAUCGUUCUAGAAAUUAAGUUAGGGAAAAGAUCUUUAACGUGCUACAAAGUGGACACUAGGAUGGAUGAUAUGCAACAUUCAAGCUCACCUAAAUCCAAGAUGGUGUCUAGUGAUCGAUCUUGAUGCAUGUGUUGUGUUUUGGAAACAAAUUUAAUGAGGAAGUUUGCCGCGGAUUUAUCUUUGCAAAUCUUUUUAAUUUACUAUAUCUCUAGGUAAGGUUAUGAUAAAACAUUCUAGUCGCCAAUUUGGCGACUAAUUUUCAGGAUUUGGUCGCCAAAGUAAAAAAUUUAGUCGCAUUGCCGCCUGUAUUAGGCGCAAUUUCAUGCCCUGUUCAUAUCUCGAUGAAGGCAUGCUGACGUAUGAACCAAUUGUUAAUUUAUGAUUUUAUAUGAAGUGACAGCAUAUGCAGCAAACACAUAACUGAUUAGUGUCAAUAUCAUGGUUUAUCUCAAGUCUGACAUUUCAUGGAAAUUUUGAAAAAUUCAAGUGAAAUAGAGCACUCACAGAACUCUUGCUCUCUUUUUCCUAGUAUACUUGUAAUUCCACUCUUGGUAAAUCAAAAUCAAAGAAAAAGGAAAAUUGAGGAUUGUCAAGCAUUGCUUAGGCUUUAUGGGGUCUUUGUAUUUUAUUCUGAGUAAACAUGAAUUGCAUAUGGAUAUUCUUUCUUUACAGAUAACGCAGGAGUCAUAGUGAAUAACAAAGGAGAGAUGAAAGGUAAAAGAAAGCAAACUGUGACAGACUUUUAAUACAAGAGAGAUGCAGCUGAUAAGGAUUUAUUGCAACUGACAGUUUGGUGAACAACAAUGUGAAUUAUUUGAAAAUGAGAUGCUAGUGAACAAAGUGUUUUUGUUGACUGAAUCAAAGUUGAAUGUGUAGGUUGAUGGUGAAGUUUUGUGAGGUGUCAAAUCAAGUAAUAGAAUUUGCAUCCUUUUUUGGGAUUGUAUUUUUAAAGAUAAUUGUGACAAGUCUCUUGUUAUCUUUAUAGGCUCUGCUAUCACUGGCCCUGUAGCCAAGGAAUGUGCAGAUCUGUGGCCAAGGAUUGCCUCAAAUGCUGGCAGCAUUCAAUGAAAUGUACAGAACAUGUGUCAAAAUUAAACUCCUCUGACUACACACAGCUGUCAUCUGAUGUAUUGAACCUUCUGAUUUUCACAUAUUUUUGCCUGCGUCAGUCUCUCAGUCAGGGGAGAUUGAAAAAAUAAGAGGCUGGCAACAAUUGUCAGUUUUAGUUGUCAAAGGAACAGCUGACCCCUGCCAAUUUUUGCAUAUGUGCAAUAUUGGUCAUUCAUUUGGUGUGGUACAUAAGUUCACUUACCCUUUAUUCCCCCUGAAAUCAAAACUAUGUUGUCUAAAGUAGACUCUCUAAAGUGUUUGUGAAGCCACGUUUAUAAUUAUUUAUUGAUAGAUUUACAAAUCAACAAAGUUAUUAUCUUGACAGAUAUAUUACUG